AUGGAGCAACGCAACCUCUGUCCUCCCGCGAAUAUUCCGGAAUACUACCAUCAGCAAUUUCAGUUGAAUCACCGUCACCAUCAAACACAACUUGAACAAGGACAUCCCACCUUCGCCUUUACGGAUCCCAUGCCGUCGCAUCAAUCAUUCGUCGAAUUUCAAAACUCUCCGCGACUACAUCAGAGGCACCAACAACAUUCACCACCGCUCGUUCAACGAUCACCCUGCGAACAUGGGUCCCUUCACUCCUCAAACUCUAGGUUACACUUUUCCCCUCGACAAGAGGACGAAUAUCUGAUGCCUUCGCCAUCUCGGCCUCAAUCGUUUCACGUCAAUCAAUAUCAUGAACCUUCUUCGUCACAAUUGGUCUUCAUUCCAUCACCGCCUCUAUCUCAUCAUCAGCUGCAUCACCAAGAGUCCAUUGCCACUCAACCUCUGGUGAAAUGCAAACGACCAAAGGUUCCCGGUCCCUCCCCUCCACUGACCCCCCCUCGCCAGUUUCGUUCGGUGAAGCGACGAAGUAGUUCUUCACUGCUGGUGAAGAAAUCGGAUGGUGCCAUGGUUAGUCUGUUGAACGACGAUGACGAUUUUUCGCCUUUGACCCCUUCGAAUUCGGAUGAUGAUUCAAUGCAGGGAACGUUUUCCGAACGCAAAUCUUCAGUUUCUAGUUGUGGGUAUUCCGACGAUGGAUUGAUCGUCAACAUGCAGCCGCAAAGGCAACAGCGUGUACCUUCCAACAUUUCCUCAUCCAACAACUCCACCAACGCUCCGAACAAGCGCAAGUAUAUCUGCAUGCACCCUGAUUGCGGCAAAAGUUUCACUACAAGUGGUCAUUUGGCACGUCACAACCGAAUACAUACCGGCGAAAAGAAUUUUCGAUGUUUGAUGCACGGCUGCACAUCAAAAUUCUCUCGACAGGAUAACAUGAUGCAACAUUAUCGCACACACCUGUCGUCAAAGAGUCGUCGUGGCUCCAAGUCCGGAACCCAGACGCCACUCAUGUCUUCUUCACAUCAACCCCACCAGGUCCCCGAGAUGUUAACGCUCGAAGAACCACCGACCAAACGUAUCAGGCCCUCGGCCUAUUCUGCCGACUACAAAAGCUCUCUGCCACCCAAUCCCCUGUUGCCACCCGUCCGACCGGGGAUCCAGGAGCCACAAGGUGUCAUGUUACCACCUAUUCGCACCCUGACACCACAUGCUUCGCCAUCGGCUAUUAUGUCUCCGGUUAUCCCUCUGCCACCGCCCCUUCAUCAAGUGAACAACGACGACCGUUCGAUGUCGGUAUCUCCACAACAGUAUCACCGUCAUCAUCUGAGAAGCGGUGGUCGGGUGGACGCCAGUAUGAUUAACAACAAUCAUUACUGUCAUCAUCAUGUUGAGAUGACAAACUAUGUUAGCAUAAUGGGUUGA